AUGAUACUAGAAAACAGGAUUAUUCUAAGACAAUAGAAGUUACUCGAAAACCUGAGUAUGUUGAAAAAAAACAUGAUUAUUUGGAGAAGAAACUUGAUAGCAAUGAUAAAAGAUAUGAUCAACUUCAGCAAGGAUUUGAUAAAAACAAUAUUCUUCGAACUAAAAACUUUAAUUAACCAAUUAAAGGAAGAACAAUAAUAAACUGAUCGAUUAAAAGCAGAAAUGAUUUAACUUAAAGAGAGAUAAAAGGAAUUUUAGAAAAGAUUAUCAAAAUUAGAGUAAGAUUAUGAACAAAAACAUAGGGAUGAUAGAUAAAAAAUACAAUAGGUUUAAGAUGAAAAUAAAAAUUUACUUCAAAAACUCAACUCAGUCAAUAAGCAUCUAAAUGAAGAAACAAGUAAAGUUAGAGAGUAUGAAUAGUAUAUUAGAGAUCUUGAGUAAGCACUUAAUGAAAAAGUAUAAGAGUAGAAUAUUGAAGAGAUUUAACAAAUUUAUGAAGAAUCAAAUAUGAAAGACCAAAUUAUAGAAUAAUUACAACAGAAGUAUUGA